AAGAGGCCCUGAGGUCCACGCUGGCCCUCACAGCAAGCCUAGCAUAGAAGUCCACUCGUCUGCUAGACUGAGAAGUGCUGCACUUACAUCAUCUCGUCUGGCUGAGUUGCAGCAAAUCAGCUGAUUUUUAACGACCUAACUUUACGAAAUCCAACCACUUACCUACAUACAACCUUCCUAACUGCUCAAAAUGAAUCUUGAGCCACCUAAAGCUGAAAUCAAGUCAGCUACCCGUGUAACCGGAGGCCCUGCCACUCCACGCAAAGGUCCACCCAAGUUCAAGCAGAGGCAGACCCGUCAGUUCAAGAGCAAGCCUCCAAAGAAAGGAAUUCAGGGCUUUGGAGAUGAUAUCCCCGGCAUGGAGGGCUUGGGCACGGAUAUCACCGUCAUCUGCCCCUGGGAGGCCUUCAAUCACCUGGAGCUGCACGAGCUGGCUCAGUACGGCAUCAUCUGAGCCUUCCCUUUACGGGCCAUGUACUUUCUACCAUCUGCCUCAGGCUCCAUCCAAAAUCUCCAAAUGGACCUGCUCUAAAGAAACAACCAAAAUAAUGAACUGCAACAUACAUAAAAAACGGAAAAAGAGAAAAAAGUGAAGAAAAAAAAUCUCUUUUCUGACUCUGGACUCUCCUUCUGCCUCCAGCUCUUAAACAACAUCUGCUUGUUUAGGACAUUUGAUUCUUAACACUUCUCUCCGUAGAUCUGCUCCGUUAUUCUCCCACCAGCAAAAAAAAAAACAAAACAAAAAAAACCCACACCUGCUCUCUACUCUUUCGCUUUCUCCUCUUUCUGUUCUUUUCUUUCCUCAACCUGGACCAGAACAAGAAUCUACUCAAGCACGCCGGCCUCUCAGUGAGUUUAAGUGACAGACCCGUGAAGCAGGUGGGCUCCUGUUUCAUGUGCCUCGGCAUCUUGUUCGCCAUCGAAGAACCUUCUUCCAAAGAUGCCGAAUCUAUUAAAUCCUGAACCUGAAUUCUGUAGAGAGCAGACAAUUGCUGAGCGUGAAAACAAUAAUGGGAUCCUGUGCUGUACAGUUCGGAUUGCUUCAAAUUAAUGCGAUAUAAGCAAACAACCAAACAACCUGUCAAAAACGGACAUAUUAUCACAUCUUAGAGCCGUCCCAGACCAUUGUACCCCCACCCUUGUGUUUGCUCAAAAUUCCAUAGCACCCUUUGAAUUUGAAUGCAGCCUUUGUAUAAUGCUGAUCUAUAUUUAUUCUAUUGUCAAUGCAUGUGUAUUUCCCCAACUCUCACAUAACACUGUGGUUACUUGUGAGUUUGUAUUUGUUGUUUCUCAGCUCAUUAUUGUAGAUCUCCUUUGUUUAUUGUUUUUUUACCUAGAGUAGGGCGUGUUGCUUUUGUUAACUUUGUUCCCCUUCACCUGCUGCCCAUCACUUUAUCUGUGAUUCAUCUCCAAAUCCUCUUUGUCGUCCUCACCUCCACUGAGAUCUGUGAUUAUUCCACUGCAGAGGAGAAGGGGAUUAUAGAUGGAAGAGUUUUUUUUCGGGGGGGGGGGGCACAAAGUGGAAGUGAGAGAAGGCAAAGGGAUCAAUGGGAUGAAGGCUGACAACAGCAAAACUCUAGUAAGUUGUGUAAUGGAGCUUUGUCCUCUCUACAGGACGAUGGAACAAAAAUAAAGAAAAAAAAAACUGUAAAAUAAAA